AUGGCGCUGCUCCCUCAAGCUCGAAACCCUAUCAUGCUCCCCCUCUCCUUCACCUCUCAUCUCUCCUCCCUCUCCUUCACUUCUCCGAUCUCUCCUCCUAAAUCGCCGUCGACCUCGCGUGCACCGGCGCCCGAUCUUCCUGGCCCCUCACAGAUCGCCGUCACCAGUGACGUCUUGUCGUCGUCAGAGGCAGCGGCGGAGGAGGAGGCGGCGGCGGCGGCGAAGAUCGGGCGGUGGAUCCGCGUGAAGGCGCCGCUCAGGGUGUACCACAUGGCGAAGGUGCCAGAUCUGGAUCUGGGCGGGAUGGAGGGGACGAUCAAGCAGUACCUCGGCGUGUGGAAGGGGAAGCGCAUUAGCGCAAAUCUCCCCUUCAAGGUCGAGUUCCUGAUCCGAAUCGACGGCCAGGAUAGCCCUGUCAAGUUCUUCGCCCACCUCCGGGAGGACGAGUUCGAGUACGUGCCCUCCUCCGAUGGCCCUAAUUGAGAUCGCCCUUUUUGGGGGUUUGUAUCGGUGAGAUCGGGGAACAAACCCUAGCUCCUCCUCCUCCUCUUCCUCUGCAUAUUCAUA